AUGAAUGCAAAUGAUGUAAUUUCACAUAAUGAAACAAAUGGACCAUCAACAUCAAAAGAGCCACCUACAACAGAUGCGGUAGAUUACAUAUUGGGUGAAGAUUUUCGACUUGAUGCUAAACAUUUAAAUCGUGUUCAUGAAGAACUGGAAAAAUUAAAUAUUGCAACGGAUGUAAUCAAUAAAUUGGAGUUACAGCUUGAUGAAGCAAGAUCUACUUUCAGAAAAAUUCAAGCUUCCUGGUCUCAAAAAUUGAAUGAAUUAAGUCGUAAAUAUGGUUCAGCAAUUGCAAAAGGUCGACCCUAUUAUGAAGCAAAGCUCAAGGAGAGACGGUUGCGUGAGGAAGCGCAAAAUGCUGCGAUACGUUUCGAGCGUGCCAAUUCAAUGCAUGCAGUAGCAAAGCAGCAAGUGAAGUUAACACAGGAUAGUUUGAAUCGACAACGAAUUAUUGAACCAGAAUGCUUAGAGGUAUUGAAUCAUCAUAUUCAACGUGUAAACGAAGCGAAACAAGAACGUGUAUUGGCUGAAGAGAUACAUCGCUCGAUUUCGGAUCGUAUGACACAGUUAUCAAAAGAAAUUGCACAAAUGCUAGAGGAAAAUGCUCGGUCUGUUAAGAAAAGCCGACAUUAUUUCGAGCAGCGUAUCGAAUUUACAAGAAUUUUGGAACAUCAAAAAAAUCUUAUUCUGAAGCUUGAAUCUGAGGUGCGUCAGAAAAAGUAUGAUUAUACAUGUUCGUUGAGAAAUUUGGAGCAAAUAUCAGAUGCUAUACAUGAAGAGCGAAGUUUGUCAAAUGUAAGACGUGAACCUGGCAUUGGUUGCGAAUCUCCUGACUUACCAUCUUGUGAAGUAGCAUUUAGUAAAGAAAAAGCACAAUGUCGAGUUGAAGAAGAGGAAGAAAGAUGUAAAAAGGUUAUGACAAAUCCUGUUUCUCUCGAUGGGAUUAAAGUGGCUUUUGAUCAGCUUACUUUGGAUUGUGAUAAAACAAUCGAUCCUGCUCUAUUUGAUGAUUCACCUGAGGGAACAGACUCAGGGACAGUUAAAGAUGGGUCCCUUGGUUCUGGUGUUAUAUUACUUGCGCAACAAUUGAUUCUUAGUCAGGGUAAAUCGAAACAAAGCAAUAAAAGCAUUAGGUUGUCACCAGAUUUGACUGAUUUUCGAUAUCGUACCGAAUUGCCCGAGGGUGCAACAGCAACUAUUUCUUUGCCUGAUGGCAAUGAUAGCGAUAGCUCAUUGGAAAGCGAUAAUACGGGAGUAACGAUGAACACGGAUGAUUUAUCAGGAAUGCUUCGAAGCCAUUCUCAAAUGAUUGAAGAAAUUGAUGAAUUUGCUCAGCGUACCGAAGCUAUAUUGCACAAUAAUUUGAACGUUAUUCAAAGAAAUGGAAAUGAUGAUGUAGAGCGAGAUAGUGGUCAUAGUUCGUCGAGUUACUAG